AGCAUUUGCUGUCUUGAGGACCAGCAGAAGGUUGCCACUUCUGAGCUUCUCAACUCCCUCAAGACUUCUGCAACUCCGACCAUUCCAAGUCCCAUCACCGCCUUUUGCCUCACAGCUCCAUUCUAGGUUUUCAGGCGGAGCCGAGCUCUCGUUAACUGUGUUCAGACGGUUCGCGCCUUCUUAUCAUGUGCGCUUGCCCAUGGCUAACUUGAGGACCGACUCUCCCGUCGCUUGUCGCAUCGUUCGUGCCUUUCUUGACUUUCUUAACUCUGUGGAGCCAGGUCCAGGUGUUGAUGUUGAGGGCAUUGAGGUAGCAAAACAAUGUUUAGAACAAGUGUUUAAAGUUCAGUCUCCUGCUGCCGGCGAGUUAGCGGAAUUCAAUUCGCUAGUAGGCAUUUUUAGUUCAACGGAAUCUUUUCAGCGUUCUGGAACUAAUUCAUCUGUUGAUAAUGGAGCCGUUCCGAUGGAACAUUGCAGUUCUCUCAAUGUGAAUGAUUCUGGCGCCAAUUUGUCAAAGUCAUCAAGACCUCAGGGGGAUGAUUGUUCAAGAGAAUCUCAUCCCUUAGGAGUAUUGCAAGAUGAACUUUUUGGGCAAUUUGUUCUUGCACUUGAAAAACUUCGAUAUUUUAGGACCUCAGCAGAUGGGAGGGAUGAUCCUGACCAACUCGAGCGAGCAACUCGUUUGUUUCAUGAUGCUCUUGGAGAAAUGGAAAGAUCUGGAUGCACCGAAAUUAAUCACAAAAACCUGGCUGAGUCCUUGAAGUCCCUUGGGCUAUGCAGUCAAAACUAUACUCCGACGCAAUUGAGUUGUAUAGCUGUGCAAUUGCACUAUGUGAAAAUAAUGCCAUUUACUACUGUAACAGAACUCCUUAGGGCAGCUGCUUACACUCAAAUCCAAAAAUACUCUGAAGCAACAAGAGACUCUUUGAAAUCCAUUGAAAUUGACCCAAAUUAUAGCAAGGCAUAUAGUCGUCUGGGCUUGGCUUUAUAUGACCAGGGGAGCUAUCGUGAUGCUAUUGAUAAAGGAUUUAUGAAAGCCUUGCAGUUGGAUCCAAACAAUGAAGCUGUCAGGGAAAAUAUUCGAGUAGCUGAACAGAAGUUAAAGGAAGCACAGCGACAAACUCACCAUGAGCAGGGUUCAUCCAGUCGAAGUCAAGAAUCCCAAUACCAGCAGUCUAGUGGAGCGUCAAGGAAUGACAGCCCAUCACCUCCCUUCCCUUCUAUGCCCUUUAAUGGCACUUUACCUUCCGAAAUCUCAAACAUAUUCAUGAACAUGGCUGCUAACCAUGGGCAACAUACCGGAGUCGGGGGAGAAGAGAACAGAAGCGGAAAUGGAUCAGCAGAUGAUCCAAGAACAAAUAUGGAUGCAAAUUUCAGUUUCAGCGUUGGAGAUGGAAUGCCACAGGAUCUCAAUGGUGCUUUGAGAUCUAUGAUGCAGAUGUUCACCGGAGCAGCCUCCGGUGCAAAUCCUCAGGAUAACAUCAAUAGAAGACCCCCACAAGGCUGAAACCUUCAGAUGUUUAGCCAAAUUCGAGGGUCAAUUGCCAUGUGUUCUGCUUAUGAUCGAAACACUGGCCGAGGCAAAGGGACCAUUGUCAAGGUGACCUUUCAAAUCUUAUCUGAUUACAUGAUUAUCUUUUAUUUAAGCUUAGGGAUUAAGGAACUCUAGAAGGCUCGUACAUUUAGACUAGAACAAUUGCAUUUAUUUAGAUUGACAUUUUGAUAUUUGGAGUCUGGAUUUUUAAGUAUUUUUAAAAAUUAUACUAAAUGAAAAUUGAACUCUAAAUUUAGGAAUAAAAGUGUAACAUUUUGAAAAUUAAAUGAAAAUUAUACUCAGAGUUUUAGGACUAAAAAAGAAUGAAGUUCUAACAGCCUCCCAAGUGUUUUCUUGGAUCAGUAAUGCUGGUGCAUUAUUAAAAUCCAAAUCAAUUGCAUGCAGUUUUUAUUUUCUACCCACAUAACCUUUUAAAUAGGUACUGUGUCUAUUGUUUCAAACAUAAAUAAAUGAAUACAUACUUGUUUGUUCUCUUCUAUAGUUGAAACAUGUAGUAACGUAAAAUAGUUAAUUGAUAUGGUUGAAAUAGUUGAACUAAGCUCAAAUUAGCCAUGAAAUAGUUGACAUCUGUUGCAGUAUGUUCAAAUGAAACUGUAGUUUCUCUCUCUUUACUUUCAAAUGGGGUCAGAACAAGGUUAGAUUUUGGCUCCUCUAAACACUUGUCUGUUUGUUUAAGUGUCGUCUACAUGCGUUCAACCUUGGUUGGUUCAACUUGAUUUGACAAGGCCAAAGCUGGGUUUUGAGUCGUCAGUGUAGUAAUCUUUAUUUCGAGCCCAAUUUUGCUCACGUGUUCAAUUUUGGCAUUGUCUUCCUCUUCUCUAAUUUCUUCACUGCUUAUACAACUUACCCUGGACCAAAUUAUUCCAAAUAGAUAGAGUCAUCUCGUUGACA